GGCCUGGGCUGGCUCAUCUCCUGAAGUAAGUCUGUUCGUUCACCACCUCUCCCCGUUCACCUCUCUCUCCCCCUCUUUCCUGGCGGCGCCGCCCUCCUCGUCUUGCCCCUUCGCCGGCGACGAGCAUCCAACCACCUGCGUACGGGCCUCAGGAUGCAAUCUUUGCUCCGGAAUGUCUGCCGAGCCGGAAACCGCGGGGCUGCGGCGAGGCUCCUGGAAUUUGCUGCUCCUGUAGCCACUCAGCCGGGGGCUACCCCGCCAUCCUCGGCCAUCAAAUACCUCAGGCCUUGCGGGUUCACUCCUCCAACUGGGGUAGGAUUCUUGUCCUCUUUUGUCUCUUCUUCGAAUUCGUCCAGGUCAUGUCAUCUGGAUCAAUUUCUUUGCGUGCAGAAUUGGUUCAUUUCCCGUGAUGGUGUUCCUGCCUCCUCUGGUUUCUGCGCAAAGGUUCUCAUGACGAGGAGUUUGUCGACGGUGGGAACUGUUGAGGUUGCCUCGGACGAGGACGAUUCCAGCUCCCCUGCGGUUGAGCACCCCCCACGCAUCAAGUUCAAGAGGCCCGACAAGACUGCCAGGCACAUUAUGAAUAUCUUGAACAAAGAGGCGGUUGAAAAGGUCCGUUCGGAGAGGGAGAUUCCUGAUGUGCAGCCUGGAUGCAUCAUUCAGAUGAGAUUGCAAGUUCCUGAGAACAAACGGCGAGAGUCUACAUUGAAAGGGAUUGUGAUAGCAAGGCGCAAUGCUGGGAUAAAUACAACCUUCAGAUUGCGUAGAUUAGUAGCUGGUGUGGGAGUCGAGUCCGUCUUUCCACUUUACUCACCAAACAUCAAAGAAAUGAAGAUCUUGGACAGGAAGAAAGUCAGGAGAGCUAAGCUGUAUUACCUGAGAGACAGGAUGAAUGCACUUAAAAAAUGAGGCUUUCGGCUAGGAUUUUUGCCAGCAUGGUUUCUGACGGAGCGACGGUUGCAGUCUGAGAAUCACACCUAUUUGGUCCCAUCUUUGUAAAGCCAUAGUUUGUCUGUACUUCUCAUAGUGCGGAUGAGGUCUCUUGCUUGCCAUUAUUUACCUAGCAUUUGCCUUUGUCAUAACAAAGCUGGAAUAUUUGACGCAUCAAAGUGAAACUAUUAUUAUAACAUGCUUCCUGCCAUCGAGAUUACC